AUGACCAUCAGAAGCCACAUUCCUUUAGUGAAACCAAAUUCUUUCGAGGCGUCCUGUUCUUCAUCUGAUAUCUACAGUGACAACGAUUGGUCUGUGAAAAUGGCCAAUACAGAUCUAUACCAGCUCCAACAACAGCCAUACUUAAAUUACAGUAACGCUCAACAGGCAGAAAUUCCAGACUUAAUCUCCUUACCUGCAUCAUUAGGCAGUUAUGAUAGAUGUAAAGCAACUACAGAAAUAUGCCACCACAAUUGGUGGGAAAUAAAUCCAGACUUGUGGAAUCUCCGAGAACUGUUAGACUGGAUGGCCUAUACGUUACAGCUGGACAAAAUCAAUUCCAUUAUCUAUCUCAAUAACUUCUUCCGAGACGUCAAGAACGGCAGCCAGAUGAGACGCAUGUCACUCGAAGAAUUCCUCGGCAGAGAUCCAGAUCACGGCUCUAUGUUGUUUCAGUCUCUAAAAUAUUUCAGCGAAUAUGGGAAUAUCCUCUUUGAUGAUAAUAAUCAUUUUGCUUCACCAAAGGAAUAUUAUUCCGUCGAGUGCAUCAAGGACGCUCACUACAACAUGGAAAUGAACGAUGACAAACUUGAUAACUUUUACCCAUUAGAGUUCGGUAGAUUUCCUCUACAACCGCAACAGCAACACCACACUGCUUUACUGAACAGUUCAAGAGGUGGUUUGUCCGUAACGCAUAUUACUCAACUCUAUCUUUAUAAUCAAAUAUUACAUUUUCUACAGAUGUUGUUAUACCAAAACUCGAAACACCGUUACUGGGUGAAUCUAUUAUCCAAAACAGAAUCGAUGAUAGCGUCCACUCGUGUCAAUUAUCGACCAACAGUGACGGAAAUGUACCGAUGCACAGUAACAACCAACAAAAAAUGUUCCAACCGUGCCAACCGAAAAGAAAGCCAGGGCGUCCGAGACUCCAUCCUCUCAAUAAGGAUUCAGCUGGCAUCAAGAAAAAACAACAACUUUAAUCCUUUCAUAAUACGAUGGGAAGACGAAGCAAACGGCAAGUUCCGCUUUGUUCAUUCAGAGAAAUUUGCCAAACUUUGGGGAGAAGCCAAGAACAAUGAAAAUAUGAAUUAUGAAAAGCUAAGUCGUGCCAUGAGGUGUCUUGUGCUGAACUCGGCUGUUGUAUCGCAAUAUACAACAUCGUAA